CUGGUCCUGGCGGUCCCGCACACAAAUGCCGGCUCAGUCAUUGGGUGAAAGACGGCGCGAACGGACGCCUUUUUGCCGAACGCCGGGCAACACCGGAAACGGUUCAGGAGUAACACCGCGCGUGUCAGCAGCAUCCCUCUGGGCUGGGUUCGUUCGUGUACGGUUGUUGACGCGUGCAGCACAACACGUGCGUGUGUGAGAAGGGUCUUUGUGGUAGCUUUAAAACGUGGAGCAGAAAGCAUUGCCGGUCCGGGUUUAUGUUUUACAAAAAAAUACUUUACAAUCGGUGAAAGCAAAAAAGCAUUUAACUGACCUAUAAACGAAACUCGGCCGCUGGUGUUCUUUGGUUUGUGUGUGUGUGUUUUUGUGUGGUUUUAAAGAUUGAAGUGCGACAAAAAAUAAAAAACAAGUUGACCCUUCACUUCCGGUCCUGCCGGUGAUCGCCGCCGGAGGGUGAAGUCAUUACCGGCUCCGCUGUGUGAAGUGUGAAAUUUAAUUACUUUGCCUUUUGGCAAGUAAGCAACAACUGGGUACUGUCUCCUGUUUUUGGUUUGUCUUCUCUCCCUUCGUCUGACCCGGCAGUGGACAAACCGAAACAAACCGUAAUGAUCUCUAACGCAGCAGCAAAUACACAGCUCGCAUAAAUGAGAACGAUUCGCUGCGACAGUUGCAUGCUAGCCUUAACCGCGGCGCGUUCUAAGCAACAGUUGAAUAUUUAUAAAGCCAACCUUCGAGCGUCUGGCAAAGCAAAACAUUUGCCACCCACCCGCACGUCCACGUAAAGCGAUGGAUUCCGGCGAAUGGAAAAAUCCACCGGUGUGCCGGAAAGCGUAAAAGUAUACCCCCCGAACCCAAACGGUAGUAUGUUUAAUGUCGGCGGAAUUCCAGCGCACGGCGUAGUGUUGAGUGCGUUUGUUUUAACUUCCACCGCCACCACCAACGUCGCCCUGUUUCGGGGCACAUGUUUAAAGGUCAUUUCGUAGGCUGUGUCUCGGAGGAAAUUUCAGUCUGCCAAGUAGCAGUUUGUGUGUGAGAGAGAGGAAAAAAAGGACUACAAAAGCGCACGGAAAACUAACCCAUUGAUGGUGCUUUUAAGUAAACAGCUUUAGAUCGAGCGUGCGUGAAAGUGUUUGUGUGCUUUUAUAUUGUGUGAGGAAGUUGAAAUUGCAAAAGGUAAAUCGAACACGGUCAGUGUGUGUGUGUGUACCUUGACGGAAAACAAUACAAAAUGGCCAUCCUGCAUUCUUGCUGCCUUUGGCGAAGCGUUCGCCGGGGAAGCUUUGCGAGCGUCAUCUACACACUGAUCUACUUCAGCAUAUCCUGCAUCACGAUGUCACUGUUUCUGCACGAGGAGCGGCGCUAUCUGCGGGGCGAGGUGGACAAACCGAUCGGCGAAAGCUUCCUAGAGCGGGACACCAUCUCGGGCGUCACGGUCAAAUUCAACGUACUGCUGCUCAUCUUUGCCACCUUGGGCGUCCUUUCAUCCGUGCUCGUUCUAAUCGGAUUAAAAAUGAACAACCGUGGCCUACUGUUGCCAUGGAUUGGGGUCAUGAUAGCGGAUCUGCUGGUCGAGUGUGCACAUUUUGUCUAUCUCAUCGCUAUAGAAACGCUUAAAUUUGAGCCAUUGACGGCGAUGCUGUUUACCAUUGAUUUUUUCAUCAUGUGUCUUAAUAUUUACUGUUUGCUGUGCGUGAUAUCGCAGUACCAGGAAUAUAAAGCUGGCCGCGGACAGGCCGAUGACGAUUCGUACACUUGCCCCACCAACAUACAGUACAGUCCGCCGGCGCCCACCUGUCUACCGCAGGCCAAAACGACAACGCUCAGCCCCGUCAUCUGCCCGCACUCCAACUGCACCCUCAUCCCGGAGGAGACGCAGAUCAAUGGAACGUUCGUGGGAAGUGUAGCAUCGUCCCCGCUAAGGCCGCCGCCGACGGUCCGUCCGCCGAGGGCGUCGCUGCUGAAGAAGCACGUCAAGUUUUCGGCCAGCGAUAAGCCGAAGGGCUGCUGCACGGGCAUCAUCCAUCCGGAGAACAUCAUCAAAGACGCCACCAAACCGAACGGCCACAUGAUGGUGUCGAUCGAGACGCUGCCCGAGUACAGCGAGGAUAAGCUUUCCUGGCACGAGCAAAAGCUGUCCAACGUCAAUCAACUGUAUCCGAGCGGCAAAGGCUCGACCGCGCAGCACCAUCAGCAGCAGCCCGAACACUAACCAUUCUCUCUCUCUCCCAUCGGUGAACAACCCACACCGUGUCAAACUGUGGCCAUAAUCGAAUUCCUUUAGGAGUAAGCACUCCCUCCCCGGAAUUCGAUCGUACGGCGGAAGCACCCAUCAUAACAGGGCACAGGGCGCUGCUAUAACGAGCAACGAGCGGAACGGAAGAAAAAAAAAACAAGCCAAAACGAUCACUGGAAUGCGUAAAACGGCCACAGUCCAAUCUAGCUUUUCGAGCGCUUCACAGCUAUCAUUUCGCAGUUUUACGACCCCCACCGUUCCUCGUGCUGUUCGAUAGAGUUUCGAGCGCAAGGGCAUAGUUUUUACUUUAUUUUUGUUUUCGCCGGCCAAACAGAUACCGGGCAGUAGUGAUACUUUUCUUUUAAUGUCCUUCCUCACAGCAAAAAAAAAAAAAAAAAAACAGAGGCGAUUGCCUAAUGCCAAUGACCGUACCAAUGACGAUGGCGCCAUCAACCCCCGGGGGGAGAGCGUAUAUUCAUUAACACAGGGAAGGACGCUUGUUUUUUGGGGAAUUCGUUUGAAAACAAAUUUGCAAUGACCACACCGCCUAACAUAGCACACCAUAACCAUUCCAAUUGGAUGUCGCUGGACAUGGAAAAGAAAUGAACAGGAAUGAACGAAGGUAGAAAACAAAGCACCAAAUAGUCUUUACAAUUUUGGGCCAUUAACUGGAAAGCAAAAACACGCCACAGUGAUCAGGCCACUCUUCAGGCUGUGGUUUUGUCGGCUGGCUGGAGGCUUUCAAAAACGAUGGCCAUUUUGAAAGCAUGAACCGGCGCCGGUAAAUCAUUCGAAGUGGAAGUUAAAUCAAUGCGAACGAGUGUCACUCGAAGGUGGCCAUUCUAAUGUCCUUCCCUUUCCUGCAAGAUGAGCCCCCCCAGGUUGUUUGUUAGUAUUAUUAUCGGGCAAGCAUUUCUAAAUCAUUAUCCAGCAUGUGAUAAAUGAGUGACGCACAAUGAGCGCUGCUGUGCUUUACCUUUUUGUUUACCCCUCCGAAUGAGCUCGAAACACCGUAUCAGUAUUGCAGAUCGAGGCACGAUUUCACCACACCACUUAAUCAGCACGGUGAGCAGCUCACCUGCUCAUCUGCCUACAGCUUCUGCCCACAGCUUGUUCGUUCGUUAGCGCAAUGACUGGUUGAAUCAGCGAAAAUAGAAGAAAACACUUUUAAAUGGUCGCGGGUGGUUUUUUCCUUUUUUUUUUUUUUGGUCUUGUGCCCAAACCCUUGGUUGGGCGAGACAUCUCUCAAACUCAGCGCAUCAUUAUAGAGCGCGGCUGUCUGGUGCCCUUGUGCCGUCACCUGUCGCCUUUCUUUGCAACCGGCGGACCAAAAAAAAAAAAGCGAAAACCGCAGGGACGGAUGGAUGGAAGCAAAAUUUGCCACCCUCAGCCUUUUGUGUCGUUUCAUCCCAUUGACUCUCUGUACAUCCUCCACAGACGCGUGGUUGCUGAGCGCUUCCCUGCGCCUCGCAACGCGCCUGAAUGUAUGCAAAAUGAGCGCAAAUUAUUUCUCAAGUGGCUGCGGGCUGAGCGUACAAAAGAGGGGCGAGCUCUAGACUGUCACAAAAAAAAAAGAAAAACAAACGGGACACACGCUGUCCAUGUAACCUCCUUCCCCUUUUCCUCCUUUCUGUGGCCCUCCUCAUCUUCCCUCCCAAGUCGUUGAUGUUGCCAAUGUACUCCCUCGAAGCUGAUCGCAGGAAAUGCCGCCAGUCAGGAUAAAUGACACUUCCUUGGUGGGACAACGGUCACCACCCACCGCCUCCCCGCCCAACUCCCAACCCCAAAGGGUCCAAGGAGCGAAGCAGCAAUUAAUUAGUGCACGGAAAAUCUCGUUGAUGUUUUUGGUUUUCCCCUUGUGCGAGACAUUGCCUUUGCCGCCCGAGUCCCUACCCGAACGAAGACCCGGGCCGGCCAUUUUAAACUGCUUGCGCCCGGGGCCCAAUGUCAACUUGUUCGGGGUCAAAACGGGGGAAGGGUGUCGAUGGAUCGAAUUACCAUUUCACCAUUUCCUUCCGCAUUUCGCACUGGGCAAAGCAGAGGGAAGAAGUGUGCCUUGGGCCGGCCCCGUUGCCGCGCGAGAGGGCGUGCUCGAUCGAGGUUAAUUGUAAUCGCGCAAUCAGCGUAAGGUAUGAACAGGUAGAAAUGCAAUUAUUUUAUAAUGAAUCAAUGCACCUGCACUUGCCGCUUUUUGUGCUGUCGCAUGCUCUUUUCUUGCCUGUGCGGUUGCUGCAGCUUUGCCGCGGUGUUGCUUUCUUUUGAGUGGGGUGUUGUCUUUUUUUUUUUAUUGUUUUUUUUUGUCGAGUUUCAAGCGUUCGGUUGAAUAGCGCUUCUUAGCUAAAUUGAGUGUGUAGUUCGUGGCAAUGUAAAAGUGGUAUAUGAACACUGCGCACA